AUGAUGAAGUUCUCCAAUCAGUACGCCAAGGUCACGGGCACGAAGUACUGUGAGGAUAAGAGCGUGCCGGCCGUGGUCAUUGUCGGACUGGCGUUGCACAAGGAGACCUUGGGGGCUCCACUAUGCCCUUGCCGGCACUACGAGGACAAGGAGAAAGAGGUGAAGGAUGGGUAUUGGAACUGUCCGUGCGUUCCAAUGCGUGAAAGGCACGAGUGUCACUGCAUGCUCUUCCUGAAGGACGACAAUCCAUUCGCGUCUGAGUGCUCCAAUAUCGAUCUGGAGGAGAUCAUGAAGCUGAAGGAUGGUUAG